AUGGAGCAGCAUGCAGGAGGGGCGGUCGCAACAAUUACUGCACGUUGGGCGGACCUGACGAUCGAACAGGAGGAGGCAGCGCCGUUUGCUCCAGUACUGGAUGAAUCUGAAGUAGCGGCUCAGCAGACUGCUGAGCGGUGGAUGUUGUUGGGGAAGUUUUUAACAAACAAGCUAGUGAAGAUGGAGUACAUGAGGCAGGUGAUGGCGGCAGCGUGGCAGCCGGUUGCGGGUAUGGAGGUUUCGGAAAUCAAACCCCGUUUGUUCUUGUUUACUUUCAACCAUGUCACUGAUUUACAACGUGUUCUCAAUGAUGGACCAUGGGCGUUUGAGAAUGCAACAUUCGUGUGUGAUCAACUUGUGGAAGGGGGUUUUCCGGAUGAUGUAAGAUUGGAUACGGUUCAGAUGUGGAUACAGGUUCAUGGUUUGCCGAUGGGGUAUACAACUGACAAAGUAUUAGAACAAAUUGGAAACUAUCUUGGAACUUAUAUAAGAGGUGAUGAUAGGUUCACGGGUGCACCAUGGAAAGUCUUCUACCGGAUUCGUGUUGCUAUUCGGGUGGACAAGCCGUUGAAGCGAAGGUUGAAUUUUGUGAAGAGGGAUAAGUCUGCGUGUUGGGUAUCCUUCAAGUAUGAGCGGCUGCACAAUUUUUGCUUCUAUUGUGGUAAGCUUGGCCAUUUGUAUAAAUUUUGUCGAAUAGCUAGGGAUUCGGCUUUACCGGUCGAACAAUAUCCAUACUCGGCAGAACUACGGGCAGGUGGUAGAAGGGGACCGAGAGCGGUUGGCGAAUAUUAG